CCAACGACAGACAUCAAGCCUCCGGUAGAUGAGGACUGCGAAGAAGAAGGAAGCGGUGAAAAGUCGACGACUCAAACGCCAUCAGAAGCCGUCGUCAAGAACGUCGUUGACACGGAAGACGUCGAUGACCUCGGUCAGAAGCCGAAGAUUCCCGCGGGCAAAGAAGAGCACAUACAGGACUUCUUGCGCACUCUCCGUACUUUCCUUAGUCGGGCAGAGCACAACGAUUUGAGGAAACUACUCGACGAUAAUCCUGGCAAAACCCUAUUGGAGAAGAUGAAGCUUGCCAUAGCGGCGGCAAACGAGCGCGAAUUUUCUAGGCUUAAGGAGCUGGAACUCAUGAAGAAACACGGCGUUGAUAUCUCCAAUGUACCCGAACCAAGGUUAAUAGCUGACUCUGAGCGUGAGGACCUAUUCAAGAAAAUUAGUGGCGUAGUCAUGGAGGAGGCGGAGAAAGAGGGACUGGAAACUGCUACUGAGCCGUCAGCUCGUACAACAACCCAGGAAACAUUACGGACCACAGCGGAGGCCGAGGAAACGCCCACAAGUGUUCAAGCAACGAGUUCCAAGGAAGGCCACAGCGAAUGGAAUCAGGAGAAAAAGAAUGACAAAGGAAUUAGCUCUGAAAGCAUAAAAGAAGAUAAAAACGAUGAAUCACUGAUACAAAAUCCUAGCACUAGCACAGAAAACAACGAAACAACGGCUCAACCGAAGACAAGUGCUGAAAUACCGGUGAGGACGGUGCAGCUCAAAGAGUUCGAUAACAAAGAGGAAAUCAUGAGCCGAGAGGCCAUUCUUGAAGCCGAAGAGAAGCGGAAGGAGGACAGUACUCUAGAGAAGAAAAGUGACGAAGAAGGUACGAACGAAGAAGACGAGGAAAAGGUAAAGACUGAGCCCAUCAAGUCAAAACAAGGAAGUGGAUCCAGCGAAGGCGGCAAGGAUGAUGAAACGAGCACGACGAGCAGUGCAACAACGCAGUCAACUGGGAACAGCUCAAAUGAGAAAAAGUCAAUGGACGACGACGAGCAUGAUUCAGAUGAAGAUAAAUCAUCGAAAUCUCGUGAAGAAAAAGUUGGUUUAACUACGUAUUCAAAAGAAGUUCCCGAUGACCGUGCACCUGAAGUUGGCACAGAAAAAACGCCGGCUGCAAAGAGAGCUGAACGAAGACGAUUAGCAAAAGAAAAAGAGGCUCAGCAGAAGAAGGACAAAGGAGGAAAGACCACGAGCCAGCAGAAGAAGGACAAAGGAGGAAAGACCACGAGCAAAUCCUCUAGCGAAGAAGACAGCCGUGACAAAACGAACCCUCUAGGGUUGCCCACUCUUCCACCACUUCCACCACCUCCAACGUUGGCGCCCAGUCUCCAAAAAGUGCUUGAUAACAUUGGAGAGCAAUGGAGGAAACUCUUCCCACCGCCCAAAGUGUUUAGACUCUAA